GGACUGCAGCAACAUCCCACCUUCCCAACGACUAAGAACGUCAGGCACGAGUAGAUCCGUCCUGCCGCCUAUUCUUUGCCUCGUCCACCUUCCUUGUCUCCAUGACUCCAGAUGCCUUCGUGGAACAAGCAGCAUAGUCGUUCCGCCAGCCAUCCGUUCCCCGCCCUCUUUGGCAGCAAGAAGAGGAGCGGCGGCAACCUCAAUGGUGAUUACAGCCCUCCCGACGACGACAAGUAUCUACCGUAUACCACUUACGGCGACGCCGGAACCAUGCGGAGGGACAGCGGCAAGCGCGACGACCGGGACCUCGAAACGAGCGCUUGCAUGACUUGUGACUCCAAAGUCAAAUACCCGCGAGGCCUGAAGACGUUCCGCUGCCCAGGAUGCCUAACGGUCACCGAUUUGGUCCCCAUACCCGGCGAAAGGGGCGACGGCAACCUCAAAUCGUACCCGGGAAUAGGCCCAAAGCGUCCCAUGCCUUUGUCCGUGGAAAGAACCAGGAACAUCAUCGACCGGUGCCUGACGCUCUAUCUCCAAGCCCGCUGCGAACAAUGCGCUAGCCCUACGAAGGAGACGGGCGAACCGCGCACUUCCCCGAUGCCCAUUAGGGAACGUGCGUACAGUGCCUCUCGACCAGCCAUCUCAUUGUCACCUUCGGAAACGGAUGGGUUCGGCCUUGGCAGAGGACCAAGGUCACCUACAAAGCCAGGGCCUAGCCUUCAACCAUCGGUCGAACACCCUGUCGCCCCAGACAGCCAGUAUAUGCCUCCACCAGGACCGCGGGUUUCUCCUCACCAACCGCCACCAAACAGGAGGCCACCGCCGCCUCCGAUAUCUGGGCAUGGGCCGUCACCUAUCCGCAACCCCCAAACAUCUCCCCGAAAGGUUCCGAGCCCCAUGCAUCCGCCACCUCCCGGGGCUCCUCUGAUGACUCCGGGUGAGGCCGCCGCACGGCGGCGAUAUGAGCAUAUCAAGACGAUUUUCAAACCUUUGGAAGACUACAUCAUCACAAGCUUCGGGAAUCACGCAUGCUUAAAUACUGCCUUUUCGACCAGCAGACAGCGACCCUCGGUAAGGACGCGCAGCGAAGGAUCAGCGGAUAGGACUGGUCCGGCCCAUGCCAGACCUCAGAACCCCAUACCUCAAGCAGAUUUUCUUCCGGAAGAAGCUGAUCCCAGGAUGCUCAUGCUCGGCGAUAUUGGAGAAAAUGGUUCUUGGUGGACCGGUCAUGCGGCAAAGGAAGGGAAAGAGCCUUCCGGACAUCAACUACCCGUACGAGGGAAAUCUGCUAGGGAGGUAAGGCAGCUCGUGAACCAUAAGUCUGCUCUUAUAAACUGGGCAGAGUUGGAAUGUUGGUAUGGAGUUGUCAUAAACGCGGGCAUGAAUUGGAAGAAAAAGCUGGAAAGUAUUCCUGGGGGAACAGACCUUCCGAAAGCUGUGAUUGGGGAUGCAGAUGAGGAAAUCAGAGAUGCGAGGAUCCAUGCGCAACGAACGUUGCUGAAGGUUACAGAGAAUAUCCUCAAGCGUCCCGGGCGUCCUCUGAAAGACCCCGAAGACAUUCGUUUUCUCCUUAUACUCCUUUUCAAUCCGCUUUUGCAUACAGCCGUUACCAGCACUAAAGCCCCAAAGUCCCCGCUGCAACGGCCUCGACAAGGAUCCAUCCCACCUCCUCGCCCCUCACUCGAUGUUCCCUCAGCUCCUUCCGGUCCAUCCCCAGAACGGUCACCAAACUCUGCCCACCAGGAACCCGGGCAGCACUCUGGCAUCAUUAAAAGGAUCAUUGGGAUGCUGGCCAACCUGUCUAAUGAGUGUCAUCGAUAUCUUACAACAUGGUGCUCUAGGCUUUCAGAAGACCAUUUCCGCCAACUCGUGGACCUGGUAGGCAAAUUUGUCACCUAUCGCCUCACUCGACAAAGAGGUCGAAAACGAAGCAAUAGUGGAAACCCGACAGCAGGACUCAUUCCGGAAUUCAGUUCAAACGGAGCUACAUCAGCACAGUUGCACGCCGCUCUAGGCUUAUCGGGUGCGGCCAAAAAACCAAAGGAGGACCCAAAAGUCGAAGGAUACAGCGAUGAUUGGCAGAUUAAAGCUGCAGCCAAGGUCAUGGCCAUUCUUUUUGCUGCAAACAACACGUAUCAUGCGCGAAAAUCAGAACCGGUCAACCAUGCUCCGUCCAUCGCUGGUCAACCAAGUGCUGGUCUUGCUGCACAAGAGCGGGCGAGGGCGCAUGGGCAGUUGCUGCCCACCUCAGACUUUUACAACACGCUGUUAGAUUACCACGACCUCAUUGCAGAUUUUGAAGCGUGGGAGAAACGGACGGCAAAAUUCUCUUUCUGUCAAUAUCCCUUCUUUCUCUCCAUCGGUGCCAAAAUCCGUAUCAUGGAACACGACGCAAAGCGGCAGAUGGAAAACAAGGCCCGCGAGGCCUUUUUCGAUAGCAUUCUGAGCAACAAGAACCUCGAACAGUACCUUAACCUCAAGGUCAGAAGAGAGUGUCUCGUCGAUGACAGCUUGCGGCGCAUCAGCGAAGUUGUCGGCGGCGGUUCGGAAGAUAUCAAAAAGGGUCUGAGAGUCCAAUUUGUCGGAGAAGAAGGCAUUGAUGCUGGUGGCUUAAGGAAAGAAUGGUUUCUCUUGUUGGUUAGGGAGCUGUUCGAUCCCAUGCACGGAAUGUUCGUCUACGAUGAAGACUCCCACUUUUGUUAUUUCAAUCCGCAUACCUUGGAGAUGUCAGACCAGUUCUUCCUUGUCGGUGCUGUGCUCGGACUUGCCAUCUACAACUCGACGAUCCUAGACGUAGCUCUGCCUCCUUUCGCAUUCAAGAAACUACUCGCCUCAGCUCCGGCCAGGAGUAGUGUGGCUUCGUCGUCACGCAACACGAUGCAUUACACACUUGAAGAUCUUGCUGAAUUUCGUCCCGCGCUGGCCCACGGCUUAAGACAACUCCUGGAGUUUGACGGGGAUGUCGAGGCCACCUUCUGUCGCGAUUUUGUCGCCGAGGUGGAGCGUUACGGGACAGUCAGCGAAGUGCCACUGUGCACGGGUGGCGAGAGGCGAGCCGUGACGAACAAGAACCGGCAAGAGUUUGUGGACCUGUACAUUCGGUUCAUGCUAGAUCAGCAGGUGGCUCGACAAUUCGACCCAUUCCGACGCGGCUUCUUCACCGUUUGCGGCGGUAAUGCCUUGUCUCUAUUCCGUUCUGAGGAGAUUGAGCUCCUGGUUCGGGGCUCGGACGAGCCGCUAGACGUGGCGUCGGUCCGGGCCGUGGCCGUGUACGAAGGGUGGAAGGAGAGGGAGCGCAAGGUGGAGCGGCCGGGGGAGACGGUGCUGGUGCUGCGGUGGUUCUGGGACAUAUUCGAGGCGGCCAAUCCGCGGGACCAGCGCAAGAUCCUCAGCUUCAUCACGGGAAGCGACCGGAUCCCUGCUGUGGGAGCGACCAACCUGGUGAUCAAGCUGACGUGCCUGGGCGAGGACAGCGAUCGGUUCCCGGUGGCGCGGACGUGUUUUAAUAUGCUACAGCUAUACAAGUACCGCAGCCGGGCCAAGUUGGAGGAGAAGCUGUGGCGGGCAGUGCUGGAGAGCGAGGGCUUUGGGCUCAAGUGAGUAAGAGAGUGACAGGGACAGGGAUGGAAGCCAGGGUUGGUGAGCGGUGUGUACAACAUUGGGUUGACUCCGACUCUCGGGCACGUCGGGGCGUUGCGGAGCUUUUUUUUUUUUUUGUUUUGGCAGGAUGUACAUGGCUUUGUUUGGGUUGAUGUCAUGGGCCGGGCGAUAGAUUAACAGCACGAGCGGCUGCCCUGCAUCCCGGCGAUGGGCGCGGCUGCCGGCCGGGGGG